AUGGGGAGAUAUAGCAACUCCGCUGGCGACUUGGCCGGGAAAAAGGAUGUGGUUAGUAAGAAAAAGGGAGGAAGGAAAAAGAGGUGGAUCAGUAAGGAAAAAACGUGUGUUGAGAGAAACAGAGAAUUGAAAAGAAAUAUUUUUCCAAAAGCAUUACCGUAUUUCACUUGUUCUUCAUUUUCGGUAACCCAAAAUCGUCCCGAUUAUUCACCGAAACACAAAACCGAUUUCAUAUCUUUGAAGUUCGUUGAGUCCAGGUCACAAAUAUCCAAGGUUCAUUUCAUUCCGGCGUCGUUUCACCGAUCAAAAGCGACGUUGAAGUCAGGUACUCACGAAGGCAGCCAGCACUGCGUCGGUGACAGUUUCCAGCUUUCGGUCGAUCAUUUGGACGAUCAGAAGUUCAUCCUCUUCACACAAGGAAACAUGGAUUUUGGACGGAGAAGUGUGAAAAGGUACAAUCUCAUCAAUCCAAAGAUAGAUGAACUAAAGAAACUGGUUUCUUCGAUCGCAGAUCCUAUUGGUUUCAGAGACAAAUAUGGGGCACUUAUAUCUUUAUUGACACUUAGGAUGGAAGAAGGGUUAUUGCAGACAUUAGUACAGUUCUAUGAUCCAGUCUAUCACUGUUUCACAUUCCCAGACUAUCAACUCAUGCCUACAUUGGAAGAGUAUUUUGAUUAUCAUUCUGAGGUUGGUAAGCCUGUUGCUGAGGAUGAUGUUGUUGAUGUUGGUACCGCUGAGUUGACCUUCUCUACUGUUGUUGAGGUUGAGUUGCUGGAAUAG